AUGAGGCUGCUACUUGGUUUUUUCUUCGUCAUUUUUCAAAUACAAUUGUGUCUAGCCGACCCAGUGACCUAUUUAAUCGAUCCAAACAAUCCAUCAUUUCUUUUUAAUGGAAAUGAUCACUCUGAUCAGACAACUGCCAUUAUCUUAGCCAGCAAUUUGUCGCUGCCCAUCCAAGUGAACGCUUACUUUUACGAUUUUAACAAUACAAAGUUUGCGAUUGCUGGCCCUGGUGGGGCAAAAUAUACCCAAGUCGAUCUCCAGCAACCAACUUCAAACAUUCGCCUCAAGCCACCUCUCACUCUCACAUUCACUCAAAACACAUCGAUGGAGUUCUAUUUGACAUUUGCCUUGUAUCCAACUGAUACUGACUCCGACUCAUCCAAAGGCCCAUAUUAUUUGGGAUAUGACCGUUACUCAAUCGAUGUCUAUAAUGGCGAAAAACCACAAACCUAUUCAAUGAUGCAAUCGAAAGAAUCCGGCACAAUGCUCACUAUUGUUAACAAAAAAUACUCAAAAGACAGUUGUCAUUCGUUUGAUAUCAUCAAUAUUGAUUUGGACGAAGGCUGCUCCUUGCGAAUUCACGUCGGCGCUGCUCCUGCCGAUCGCUCUGAUAAAUAUAUGAUUGGCGAUUAUCAGGGAAGCCGCAAACAACCGAAUGGUUGGGCUCUACCAACUCUCUCAGCCGCCUACUACACUUUCACCAUUCCGCAAUAUUGUGGAGCAAAAUUCGACUUGAUUGAGCACACUGAAGGCACAAGACAGAUCGAAUUCAGCACACCGGAUGAUGGCUAUUGGAUUAGUGGAACGAUGGCUAGCUGUGACUAUCCUGGUGGAACAUUCAGCCGAAAAGAACCGGUCAAUCCGAUGAUACAGAGAUUUCACAUCGCCGGUCCAAGCCCGGCUCCGAUCAAUGUUUGGCCGAACUGGAACGAAAAACCCGGGAGAAAUGGGUUUUUGAGCUUGGAAAUCUAUGAAAACGAUCAACUUGUUGCUUCUACGAAUGAAACCACUUCACAAAGCGAGGGAUGGCUUCAUGCAACGGGACACGAUUUACUGGUGACUUGGGUGCCCGGAGAUCAACAAUCGGAGGGAAUCUUUGUUCGUUUCUACUACGACAGUCCGAUCACCAUUUAUCUCGAUGUUCACAAGGAUCCCCUCGUUUUCCAUACGGCUUACUGGCAACUUACCCAAUCUGGCUUCAUGAUUCAAGCGCCCGGCUCGUUCAUUCACGUGAACGCAAUGCAGCUCACCCAGACGCGAGCAAUCUACUUUUGGGAUAAAACGCAGAAUUAUAGUUUACCACAAAUCAUCGAGAAGCCCCGCCUUUUCAAGGAUUUUGUUCAAACGUCCCAACUCGAUUCAUGGUAUGAUCGAUUUGUGGCCACAUUUACAAAAGUCGAUGUGAACGACACAGCUUUAUUCGAUUCAAUGGGCUUAAGCGAUUAUCGCUUUUGGUUUACAAAUGGAUUCUUUCUCGAGCGACCGGUGACAAUGAGAUUCGAUGCGAAGAAUCACUCUCAAGCGCUGACUGUUGUGGCUCCUCGGGGUGGUGCUGUUAUAAAUAGCGUUUUGAAGUCAAACUCCUGUGAAGUUCCUCUCUACGUCUCUGGGAUUCCAUAUGAGGAACUGAAGCAGAAAAUGCUCAUUUACACUUUCAAUGAUCAAAACGCUGCAACUUUUGCCCCAUCUCACAUCGUCUCUCCAGCAGCCACGUUUGUCGUUCCAGCGAAUUGCCAAUUCAGCUUUACCCUUCAGAGCAGCAAUGAUCCAUAUAGACGGGAACUCUUUGACGGCUCAAAUGGCUUCAUCUACAGCCAAGAAUACCCAGCAAACUAUGACAAUUACUAUUCGAUUUGGUCACCCGAUGACACGACUGAUUAUCAACUUUAUCAAAGUCUCUCGCUUGGUGCGGCGAACGCGAACUUCUCGAUUGACAUUGUUUCCGCAGAUCCGGGAGUGAAUGGUAGUCUUGCUUUCACCUUUGGUAAAACUGGAAAACCACAAGAAACUAUUGGAAUCACAAAUCUCACGAAAAACUGGACGAUCCAAUCGGAUGGAACAAUGGUACAAAUUGAAUGGAACGAUACAAGUACACAAAGUGGAUUCUUGUUAAGAUAUCGGAUGAAAGCAGCUCAACUUACAACUAUCGAUGGAAUUAUCGAUCCCUUAAUAGAUUGGGUGAAGCAACCCAAUCUGAAAGUUCCAUCAAGGAUUGACAAUGUGAAACAAUGUAUUGCAAAAGCGGCCGAGUAUUUCUUCGAUUUCAAAGAGGAGACUCCAUUCGAUGAAAAGAGAAAAAGAGUGAAGAAAAAGGAAGAAAAUUACAAUUCGGAUCUCAACACUUGCUUGAGCAGCUGGAACUUCUUUUCUUCUUGGUCGUCGGCUAACUUCUAUUGCCAAUAUUAUGGAGGAAAUCUCGUUUCGAUUCACAAUUCUCGACAAAACAUGGUUACCGCUAUGAUCGAAAAUAACCGAACCAAGGACAAUCGAGGCUGGUUGGGACUUACGAAACGCAACGGAAGCUGGGUGUGGACAGAUGGAACUCCAUUCGAUUACCAAAACUUCCAAGGAAAUCAAACAAGAGACUGCGCCUAUUUGGAUUCUCAGGAUUAUUUGUGGAAGACAGCCGAUUGCAGCAUUGAUCUCCCAUUCAUGUGCUCCGCUCCACCAACGAUCUCCAAUGGAACAACUCUAGCAUCGAACAUCACCACCACAACAACCCCAAGCCCACCAGUUACCUGUCUUCCACCCGAUCAACAAGACUUGUACAAUUGCAAACAAGGCUGGCAAUAUUUCGCGCCAACUAUGAAGCAAUACAUGGUCGUCAAUCAACUCGAUUUGAACACAACACCUGAAGCGUUUUGUAUGAGCCAAGGAGGACAUCUUGCAUCAGUUCACAGCCAAGCCGAGAGCGAUUUCAUCACAAAUUUAUGCUGCCCAUCGUACUGCGGAUUUUACAGCGAGGAAUUGCAAGCUUUGGCUGCGUAUCUUGUUGGAGGAAUUCAAGUGAACAUGCAACCCGCCUGGACUGACGGAACGCCUUUCGAUUUCCAGGCAAACACUUGCUUCGAUGCGCAGGAUGCGAGCGAGGUGUUGCACAUCUCGGCCUUCACCGGGUGCAACGAAUGUGGAACUCCUGGUACAUGGAUCUGGGAAACCGAUGUUGUACCUUAUGUUGUUUGCAAGAAA